GAUGUGGAAAGCAGCAACGGACGUUGCUCCCCCAGCAAUGCCUGAGGCAGACGAUUGGGAGACAGAUCCAGACUUCGUGAAUGAUGUCACGGAACAUGAACAACGAUGGGGACCGGGAGGACGGAAUGUCGAGGCUAUCGAUAUGGCAAAGCUAAGAGAGGAAGUACUGGAAGCUGACUCUCAGAUAAAGAAGAAGCAGUAUGAAGCUGGACCCAAACCUUCUUUCGGUUACGGAGGUAAAUUCGGCGUACAAGAGGACCGCAUGGACAAGUCCGCGGUCGGACACGACUAUGUCGGCAAGACUGAGAAACAUGUCUCGCAGAAGGAUUAUGCUCAAGGUUUCGGUGGCAAAUAUGGCGUGCAAGCGGACCGCAUGGACAAGUCAGCUGUAGGUCACGAUUACGUCGCGAAGGUGGAGAAGCAUGUCUCGCAGACUGACUACGCGCAGGGCUUCGGGGGGAAGUAUGGGGUGCAAACUGAUAGAGUUGAUAAGAGCGCGGCCGGUUGGGAGCACAAAGAACAAGUAGAGAAGCACUCCUCCCAGAAGGACUACUCGCACGGCUUCGGAGGGAAGUUCGGGGUACAAGCUGACAGGAAGGAUGCUUCCGCUGUAGGCUGGGACCACAGGGAGGACUCGCACCACCAUCAGUCGCAGAAAGACUACGCGAUCGGUUUCGGAGGUAAGUACGGCGUGCAGACGGAUAGACAGGACGCGUCCGCAGUGGGCUGGGACCAUCAGGAGAAGACUCAGGCACAUGCUAGUCAAGUUGAUCAUAAGAAGGGUUUCGGAGGUAAAUUCGGAGUGGAGACUGACAGGGUGGACAAGUCAGCUCAUCGGUUCGAUGAGGUGGAGAAAGUUGGCACCGACUAUACCAAGCAGAAGCCGGACAUAGGCGGCGCCAAGCCAUCCUCGCUAAGGGCCAAGUUUGAAAACAUGGCUAAGGAAAAGGAACAGGAAGCGCUACAGUCUGUACAGAGGAUAAGGCAACAAAGAGAGGCCUUGGACAAAGACUUAUCACAGAAGGAAAAAGUCCGAGUAGACAAAGAGAAGGCAGACGAGCCCGAGCCGGACACAGAGCCCGCACCCCCCGCCAGGGCGCCGCCCGGCAGGCUCGCCCACAGACAGCCCGUACUGCCCACUGCGGCUGAACCGGUCUCGCCUGCAGUACAGGAGGCAACGCCAGAGGCCCCAACUAGUGUAGCUGCGCCUACGUCGGCGGAAGUGACGACACCAACAGACAAACAGCCUAACUUGCCAGACGUGACGCUUGUAGGAGAACCCAAAGAGAACAAGGAAGAGAUGAGUCGUCAACCAACAAUAGUGGUGUCUCCAGUAGGAUGGGAGAGUGAGAUGUCGGGAGAGGGAGAGUUAGAGGCAGAGGACGAGGACGGGUACACGGCACGAGCUCUCUAUGACUACCAGGCCGCCGCGCCUGACGAGAUCUCCUUCGACCCCGAUGAUAUUAUUACUAAUAUUGUUAUGAUCGACGAGGGCUGGUGGCAAGGGCUCUGCAAGGGCGCGUACGGACUGUUCCCAGCCAACUACGUGCAACUGCAAGACAAGUGAGACAUUCCCACCUAACUGUAGAUACAUACUUUAGUUUCAUACUAACACUAACUAGCCGUUAUUGAAGUACUUUAAAUAGACCAGAGCGCCAUAAGCACGAAUAAGGUCGGCGCUCUGAUUGGCCGGCUCCAGUGAACCUACCAAUCAGAGCGGCGAACGUGCUCGAUACUAUACGUUACGAAUGUUAUAAUUAUUCGUGCUUGGCACUCUGUUAUAACUAUUUAACACUUCGUUAAAAAUGUGCUGCUGAAAUUCAGGAUUCAUGCAAAAAUCCAGGCCGAUGGUAUUCCAGUUUCACAUAUUACGGUCGAUCGUAAUUUAAAUUCUCUGCAACGAUCUAGGUUUUACAUAGAAAUUCAAUAGAACUCACGUCAAAAAUCGAUUACAACCUAAAGAUUUUGAAUGUUUUAAUAGUUAAUUGGAUAUUUACAGCAAAAUUUAAAAAAGGCGGUCGUAUUGUCACUUACGAAAUGAUUGAAGCACCAAAAUGUCAGUGGUGUAUUCAUGUGUGCGUGUACUUACAACACCGUAAUGUAUGAAGUGUA